AUGGGAGACUACGGUCCCGCUGCUCUACCACUGCACUCCACUCGAACGGGCAAUCCAUUGCAACCCGCUCAAGCCCCCCAACGAAGUGUCGGUGCUGAUAACGGGCCCUUCAAAAGCAACCUGGUAAACGCCUCUUAUUUAAUCGCCUCCUCGCUCCCGUCAUCCUUCACCUUCCCAUCCCCGAAAGACGACCCCUCUGUGCGCCGCAUCUCCCUCCAUGUGCACCCAUCGCCCAUCCCCGUCGCCUACGCCACCGUGCGCCAGGCCCUGCCCGUGAUCCUGGAAGAAUUCGCCGCGUCGCACGGUGGACGCCGCCCUGAUCUGGUCAUCCACAUCGGCAUCUCGCCGCGGCCCUACUACUCCGUCGAGACGCUGGCCCACCGCGAUGACUACCACAUCACAGACGUCCAGGGCCGCUCGGGCUACGAAGACGGCGAGAAGCUAUGGAAGGAGAUGGGGCUUCCCCCAGUUCUAACUCCUGGCUGUGCUACCACGCAGGUUCCAUCCGGUUCCGCCGCGCCCUAUCCGCCCAACGACCACUUCGCCGAUACAUGGCGUGCGUUUGCGCCGGCAACGUCAGAUCUUCGCGUCUCCAAGGAUGCUGGGCACUACCUCUGUGACUUUAUCUUCUAUACCAGCAUGUCCUUGGCGAUGCUCAAUGGCCAAGACCGCAAUGUGCUCUUCUUCCAUAUUCCUGGGGCCUCGCAGGAUGCGGAUAUCGAGCGUGGGCGGGCCAUUAUAUUGGCCUUGAUCAAGACCAUGGUGACUUGUUGGAUUGAUGAGAAACAGGCUGCAUAG